AGCCGAUCCUGAAGUCGGCCCGCUUUUCGGGAUAAACUAGAUUUCAUAUGAAACCAUACCGACAGGUUUCCGGAUUUUUUUUGAAAAAGAACCAGACGAAACAUAUAAGGCCCAGCUGCUCCGAGCGUUUUGUAGGCCGUUGAUAGCGGUGAAAGGUACCUUGGAAAAAUCCAAAAUGAAGUUCACUGAGGGAAUGUGGCUACUGCGUGAAGGCAUCCAGAUUGAUUGGAUGAAUCAUGUAGAACGUGCCAAUAUCACAGACAAGGCAAUUGACUUGCUCCUAGCUAAGAACCAGCGCCACCGCGGCGACACGCUCAACUCAGCUGCCAUCUCAGCUCGCAUCUCUUCCCCUCGGGAAGGCAUCAUUGGAGUGAGACUCGUGCAUUGGGAUGGCGGAGUCGAUCGGGGUCCUCACUAUAAGCUGGAGACUAAUUCGCCCUCGUUAAAGAUUCAGAACAAAGAAAACGAACAAAUAUCUUAUUCUAGUGGCCCCCUGGACUUGGCCGUUACCACCGCCACGAACCAGCUUGGAUUGCGCUUUUCUGGCCCCAAGGGAAACCUCACUGGACACUCCUUCCGCUCAAUCGGCUACGUCCGAGAUCAGACCGGUCCGAAGUCACAUUAUGAAGAUGGCAUGUUCAUGGAGCGCCAGGGAUAUAUGCUCGCCGGCCUCGACGUUGGAGUGGGUGAGAAAUUGUACGGCCUCGGAGAACGAUUCAGUCCAUUCGUCAAGAAUGGACAGUCGGUUGAUAUCUGGAAUGAGGAUGGAGGCACCUCGUCCAACCUCGCCUAUAAGAACAUUCCAUUUUACCUUAGCUCGGCCGGGUAUGGCGUAUUUGUCAACCACCCGGGACGGGUGAGUCUAGAGGUGCAAUCAGAACGAACUACACGAGUCAAUAUCUCUGUUGCCGACGAGGAGAUCGAAUACUUCAUCAUCUACGGCGCUACUCCAAAGGAGAUUCUCAAGCGUUAUACUGAGCUCACCGGUCAACCCCGCCUGGUGCCUGCCUGGAGUUACAAUCUCUGGCUAACCACCAGCUUCACCACCAACUACGACGAGCAAACGGUGACGGGAUUCCUAGAUGGAUUCCGUGACCGGGACAUUCCUCUGGGGGUGUUCCACUUUGACUGUUUCUGGAUGAAAUCUUUCCAGUGGUGCGAUUUCGAAUUCGACUCGGACAUGUUUCCUGAUGCUGCUGGAUAUCUGCUGCGGUUGAAGGAGCGAGGGUUGAAAAUCUCAAUUUGGAUUAACCCGUAUGUUGGCCAGGCCUCACCACUGUUCAAGGAAGGAAAAACGCAUGGAUACUUCAUCAAGCGUACGAACGGCGCAGUGUGGCAGUGGGAUCUCUGGCAGGCUGGAAUGGCGAUCGUCGACUUUACGAAUCCCGAAGCCGUCCAGUGGUAUUCAAAACAUCUCGAGCGAUUGAUGGAGCUCGGCGUGGAUUCGUUCAAGACUGAUUUUGGUGAACGAAUCCCCAUCGAGAACAUCCAGUACCAUGAUGACUCUGAUCCAGUGCGUAUGCAUAACUAUUACGCCUUUCUAUACAACAAGAUCGUGUACGAUGUUAUGACAAACCGAAAGGGUAAAUCUCAGAGUUUGCUUUUCGCGCGUAGCGCAGCUCCCGGUGGGCAGCAAUUUCCCGUCCACUGGGGUGGCGAUUGUGAAAGUACUUUCGAGGCGAUGGCUGAGUCACUUCGUGGAGGUCUUUCUCUCAUGCUCUCAGGGUAUAUUUUCUGGGCAUCAGAUAUCGGUGGUUUUGAGGGUACUCCUGCACCGGCAUUGUAUAAGCGCUGGGUACAGUUUGGUCUCUUAUCGUCACAUUCUCGUCUGCAUGGGUCCUCAUCGUUCCGUGUGCCCUGGAUUUACGGCGAUGAUUGCAGCGAGGUGUUGCGUGCUUGCACCAAGCGUAAGAUCAUGCUCACCCCAUACCUGCUGCAGGAAGCUCUAGAUGGUCAUCGUAAUGGCACACCUCUAAUGCGGGCUAUGUUUUUGGAGUUCCCAGAUGACUUGAACACAUACGCGAUUGACACUCAGUAUAUGUUUGGAAGCAAUCUACUGGUGGCACCGGUAUUUGCCCAAGACGGACGAGUCACCUUCUAUGUUCCUUACAGUAAUGAUGACAGCCAAGGAAGGUGGAGAUGGUGGUUUGAUCAUUCUAAAACAUAUGAGCCUGGUCGCUGGUAUACCGAAACCCAUGAUUUCAAUACGUUGCCUAUUCUCAUCCGACCUGGGUCCAUCACACCUGUCAACUUGAGUCUCAAAGCCCCGGAAGAAGAUGCUCUGGAGGGCUUGCAGUUGUUGGUCAACGGAACUAUUGCUAGUCAAAAGGACGUUGAGAUAGUUGAUCCCAGCCAAACCGACAAGGUCUUGAGGGUUGUGCAAGUCACGCCUGCCUCUGAAAACACUGAGAAGGUAAAGGUGAAUAUAGAAGGUAUCAAAGUCACUCAACUAGAUUCCUCAACCCGUGUAGAACUAUCUUUGAGGUAAUAUUCGCACCUUUGUGGCCCACCCACCUUAUGAAAAGAACCUAUUUUUAGACAAAUACCAACUGUAGAGGAUGCUGG